GCGGCGGCGGCGAGGACGGCGGCGACGGCAGCGGCCGAGGGGGCGGUGGCUACGAGAGGGGUGCGAAGCCGGCGGAAGAGACGUCUGUGCCCCUGGCGAGGUCGCAGAGGAACCUCGUUGGGGCUCUAGUGGCAGAGUUGAACAGUUGUGACUGAGAUGAUCAGUGACUGUCAUCUAUUCUACAAGAUGAGUAACAGCCACCCUCUUCGCCCCUUUACUGCUGUGGGGGAAAUUGAUCAUGUGCACAUUUUGUCUGAACAUAUUGGUGCCUUGUUGAUUGGGGAAGAAUAUGGCGAUGUCACCUUUGUUGUGGAAAAGAAACGUUUUCCUGCACACAGGGUAAUUUUAGCAGCGAGGUGCCAAUAUUUUCGAGCAUUACUGUACGGUGGAAUGCGAGAAUCUCAGCCUGAAGCAGAAAUCCCUCUCCAGGACACCACUGCGGAAGCAUUCACGAUGCUCCUUAAAUACAUCUACACUGGGCGGGCAACGCUGACAGAUGAGAAGGAGGAGGUGCUGCUGGACUUCUUGAGCCUCGCUCAUAAAUAUGGAUUUCCAGAGCUGGAGGAUUCUACCUCUGAGUAUCUCUGCACCAUACUUAACAUUCAGAAUGUCUGUAUGACUUUUGAUGUUGCCAGUCUCUACUCGCUUCCCAAGUUAACUUGCAUGUGCUGUAUGUUUAUGGACAGAAAUGCUCAGGAGGUGCUCUCAAGCGAAGGCUUCCUCUCCCUUUCUAAGACAGCACUUCUAAACAUCGUAUUAAGAGAUUCAUUUGCAGCUCCUGAAAAAGAUAUUUUCCUAGCCUUGUUAAACUGGUGUAAGCACAAUUCAAAGGAGAAUCAUGCUGAAAUCAUGCAGGCUGUGCGUUUACCUCUCAUGAGCCUCACUGAACUUUUGAAUGUUGUGAGACCGUCAGGACUAUUGUCUCCUGAUGCCAUUCUGGAUGCUAUUAAAGUUCGAUCAGAGAGCCGGGAUAUGGACCUCAACUAUAGAGGCAUGCUCAUUCCAGAAGAAAACAUUGCAACCAUGAAGUAUGGAGCCCAGGUUGUAAAAGGGGAGCUGAAGUCUGCCUUACUAGAUGGUGAUACUCAAAAUUAUGAUCUGGAUCAUGGAUUUUCUAGGCACCCAAUUGAUGAUGACUGCCGUUCUGGCAUUGAGAUUAAGCUAGGUCAGCCAUCCAUUAUCAAUCACAUACGGAUACUCCUCUGGGACCGGGAUAGCCGGUCUUAUUCAUACUUCAUUGAAGUGUCAAUGGAUGAACUUGACUGGAUCAGAGUGAUUGAUCAUUCACAAUAUCUGUGUCGUUCUUGGCAAAAGUUAUAUUUUCCAGCCCGUGUCUGCAGGUAUAUUCGAAUAGUUGGGACUCACAACACAGUGAACAAGAUUUUUCACAUUGUGGCUUUUGAAUGUAUGUUCACAAACAAAACCUUUACUCUUGAGAAGGGGCUGAUAGUUCCCAUGGAGAAUGUUGCAACAAUUGCUGAUUGUGCCAGUGUGAUUGAAGGAGUCAGUCGGAGCCGAAAUGCCUUGCUGAAUGGGGACACCAAGAAUUAUGACUGGGAUUCUGGCUAUACCUGUCAUCAGCUGGGAAGUGGUGCGAUUGUGGUUCAACUGGCACAGCCAUACAUGAUUGGGUCAAUACGGUUGUUACUUUGGGACUGUGAUGACCGAAGCUAUAGCUACUACGUUGAGGUGUCCACCAGCCAGCAGCAGUGGACCAUGGUAGCCGACAGAACUAAAGUCUCCUGCAACUUGCUGGAGGGAAGUUCAAGUGCGCCUUUGAGCACAGAUCUUCCCGGAGGUGGCAGGACUGCGCUGUGCACACUCAGCCAGUCUCCUUCUGCUCCUUUGUAUCGGAAACAGUUGGCCAGCCACCGGGAGGCUCAGUGAGGUGAGCGUGUUUUGCCGCCCGCCUUUGCAUUGCUCUGGCUGCCUCUCUGAGGGUGAGGUAAGUGUGAUGCUCAGUUUGUAAUGAGUACUUGCAGUUUCUGUAAACUGUGUAAUACCAUAUAAUAAGCAGUAAUUUUCCACUUAUCCUUGAUGACAGGAGGUUUCUGAUCAGAUAGCCAGAAUGUGGGUGUUUCUUUUCCCCCCUCACCAAUAUGAUGAAUUUUCAUAGGCAUCUUUUUUUCACAAGCUGGACUGACAAGUUGUUUUCCAAAUGUGUCCAAUGUGUGUAAUGACUAAUCUUGCUUUAAAAAGUCAAAGUCAAAUAAAAUGGCUCUGAAGUAGCCAUUUAUAAUAAAGUGACUAUAUACGUUCUCAAGUGCAUUUUAGCUGUCUCCUGGCUGUGUUUGUCCUCAAGGGAUUAGUAGCUUGAAGCGGAGCCCAAUAGCUUGGAUGAUAAAACUGCCAAGUCUCAAGUUAUUGUUUUAAAUUUCCUAUAAGAGAUUAUAUCUUAAGUAUAAAGUGAAUUCACCCUAGAUGACUUGGUGUCCUUCCCUGAAAGAGGAAGAGGGCCAUUAGGCUGUGUAUCCUUCUCUCCUCUGUCACACACUGUCAAGAUUAGAUAGGGUUUCUUACUCUGUUAUUUUUUUAAUCAUUGGGAAAUACUUUUAGAAAACAAAUGAACACAACCUUUACAUUAUAACCCUUCCCACCUCCACUUAAAGUCAUCUCUUGAUUUUCUCUUGAUGCUCAGAAUACCAUAAAAUUCAGUGUUUUCCUAUAAUAAAUUAAGAUUGCAUUUUCAUCAACCUGCCCUCUCUCUUUCUGAGACAUGAUUUGCAUUAUCUAUCCACUCGUUUCCGUAGGCCACUUGGUAACCACUUACCCUAUCUGAUAGCUUGGGCAAGACCAGCAGCUUUUGAUUUUGUGGCAUCAAGGCAGCUUUAUGAAUCAUGUGGAUGGGAGCCCUGGUACUUCCAUGAUCACUGGGCACUGCUGUUUAGCUGCCACAGAGCUGGCCUUCCUGAAGAUUUCUUACCUGGCACUUCACUAUGUCUGACUUGCUAAAACCUGGCUAUCAGUGAAUGGUGGCAACUAAGACGCAGAAGUUGCUUGAGCUGACCUCACAUUGAAAAGGUGAUGGUACCUUUUUGGCACAAAAGGUUGAGUUUAUUCCUCAGAAUGACAGAUUGAUCCUCUCUGUGUGCAGAGCUCAUGUGGGGUUAUGAAGAAAAGCGAAGAAAGACCACUGCCUGCAGUCUAGUUCAAAAACAACAUGCACAUCAAAAAAGACUCCUAUCAGCAGACUCUUUCCAAGUGUCACCUAAAAAGCAAACUGACGUGGAAUGAUUGUUUGCUUCCUGUGUCUGCUUAAAAAUUUAUCCAAGUCGCAGAAGAACUAUUGUGCAGUUUCGGAAAACAGCUUAUAAGAAGUUUUUAUUAGGUUAGACUGUUGAUCAGUGACCUGUGGAACUGUGUGCGUGGUGGAGACCAGGCUUCCUGUGGGCCGCUGCAUUCACAGUGUUGCUCAGAGAAAGUGCUUCUCAUCCAUUAGCACAUCCGUGUACUCCCGUAGUUCUUGGUCCGCAGGUCUGAAUCCAGAUACACCGUCUCAGUGACUCAGGGGCCUCACAAACUGCUGUGUUCACUUUCUUCCUCCCACAGAGCCUUCCACUGAAACAGCUACUCUGCAUGUGGAACUGAACUGACUGCACAUGAAAUGUGCUGGCCCAGGUAGAAGCAGAGUUUUAAUCAAAUACCAAUAGAACAACCCAUUUUCUGCCAACAUCUAUGGAGUCCUGGGAUCACGGGUGCCCACAUCUUGCACUUGUUUGCUAGGAUUUGAUUUCUAGCCCAGCAUGUUGUCUUUGGGGUUUAUUUAGAUCAAUUUCAUUAAAUUGGGAUUUGUGGUUCUUGUGAUCCUCUUCCUUAGGGACUGUACACGGAGACCCCCUCUACAGAUGGAAUAUCGUGUGUUGAUGGGCAGUCAUGAUCAAAAUGAGGGUCUUCCCUUCAAAGCACAAGUGGUUUGUCCUACACUUGAUUUGGAUGUUAUUCUUUCAGGAUGUUGGAUAUUCAGAUUUCAGGUUUAGGGGUGACUUUCCAAGUUGUUUGAAAUGAUGUCACAGACCACUGUUCUCCUUUGGAAAUGUAUAGGUCAGACGUUUUGUUAAUUAUACUACAAUGAAAAGUGAAGUAAGCUAUGGAAGCUAUGGAAAACUCAGGACUGUAUUUUCAAAAAAGCACCUAAAAUUUGUACCAGUGUUGCCUAUUCUUGGUCUCCAUUCUGUUUAGAAGGGGCACCCAGGAGGAAAGCACCUAACAGAGAGGGUAUGGGGAAGAGGGUGUGGGGAACCAGUGUAACAGCUGUUAUUAGUACUAUUUCUUAAAUGAGCACUCUUUUUCCUUUAAUAAGAACAUCCAACUUAUGUUUUCUUGAGAGGUGAGGAUUCUGGCUCCCAAAGAUCCAGAGCGUCAGGCUCCAGGUUCUGAGGUCUUGUCCCAUGCGGCACAGUUAUGCCGAGUGAGGAGACCUGUCCUUUUACCUCAGGCCAGGGGCCUUUCAGUAUCAUUUUGCCUACAGGAUUCGUGGACAGCUCUGUAUUUCAGUACCACUGGUUUCCUUGUAUGUUUUUGUUUUAAUCAUUUGAAAACAUUCUGAGAAUGGGUUCAUAGGCUUCACCAGACUGCCAGAGAGAGCCAUGGCACAAAAAUCGCAAGAUCUAAGACUCAAAUGAACACUCACAUAUGAAAACCUUUGGUUAAAGCAGAUACUUCAGUAAAAAUAGGAAGUGUUGGUUACAGAAAUUGCCAAAACUGCAUUAUUCCUUUGCCUGAUUUCUGGUGGUUCUGGUUGACCUCCUGUGACCUUUUCCAUCUGCUGUGCACCUUAGGUCUGGGGCCAUUUGCCUCUAAGACGAGCAUGUCAGGCUUGUCUUUGUCACUGACCUCUCCAUCUUAAACUUGAAAUUAAUGACUUCAGUUACUACACGUCAGCCAGGGGUACUGGGAGCCAUAUGAAGUUCAUGGUGAAAACCAAGCCCUCCGUGCUGGACUCAUAUUUCAGAAUCAUUUUUCUCUUUGCAGCUGCAUUUGUCAUCAGUCCUGAUGGUUUGUUCCAAAGGAUCAGGGUUGAAGACAGGUAGCCAGUCCUUGGCUUCACUUUAGCCCUCGCUCUAACCCUCCAGGCCUGCCUGCCUUCAUUCAAGGCUUCGUUUUUACCAACAGGAAGCCUAUGCACACCUUUACCCAUUCAGUCAGCCCAUUUUCAUGAAGUACCUACUGUGAGCUCAGUACUGCACCAGGCAAAAAUCAUCAGACCACAAAAUUCAAGAGCCCACAGGAGUGGACUGAUGCUUUCCCUGUGGUGCCCUGUAUGCAUAGCAAGGAUGUGAAAUGCAGCUCUCUAGCAUCAGCAGUUUGGUGCGCAUCUGCUGCAUCCCAGGCACUUGGCUGGUGGAAGGUCCAGGGCCCCAAGCCAGGGAGAGUGCAGUCUAGAAUGAAUAGCAUGUGCAUGGGUGAAAGUAAAAAUCUGUGGUGGAAUUGGUUGUGUUCAAUGUAAAAUUAUUUUGGUCUCAGCCUUUACAUUAGCUAUUUUCUUCUUGAAUUACCAGUGUCAUGCCACAAGAAAGAAAACCUCAGUAUGGCAGCGUUAACCGCACAUGAAUGAAGUAAAACAGGCAAAAUAAAGAUUCUUGGACUAGAAA